AUGAACGGUCAAGGUAGUCACGAAGGAACACGAUGGAGGCUGCGAGGCCCGAUGGAUUCCGAUCGAUUGCAGGCUGAGGUUGCGUCUUCGGGGUCGAUUAGACCGAAGCGACGAAGGAACGAAGCAGCGAGCUCGUGCUUCCUCUCGUUCGGCUGCGAGGUGCGAAGUCUGGGCGUCGAAAGCAGCAGUAGCAUCGAAGACGAGACCUUCGGAGGUCUGUGGUCGAUGGGAACAGUAGAGAAAGAAAGCGAGGGGAGGAGGACCGAAAGGGAGUCAGGGAUUAUCGAUCGGUGGUGCUUCUGUCUGGUUGUGAGGUGCGAAGGCAUGGGAUUCGGUGUGGCUAAGAGGUUGCGAUGGGAAGGAGGCCAGGAUAGGGUUCGGUUAGAACAAGGAAAUCAGGUAGAGAGGCAACCACGAAAGGCUGCUGCCUUGUGGUCUUGCCGGAAGCUGCCAUCACUUCCGGUGGUUCUAGACACGGAACGAAGAAAAAGGGGGGGUGUUUGGCUUCAGCUGGAAAUGAUGGUGAUCAAAAGGUGUUGGAGUGUUGUUCUCCUUUUGCUUGAACGAUCAAUGGAAGGGAAUGGCAGCAAGCAAACCCAUAUUUGGUGUUGGUACGAUGCAGUAGGAUAA